GGCUGCUGGGGCGCUGCGCCCCACGACCUGCAAAGCUCCCCGGGCGCCGCAGCCGCUCCCCAAGGCCAGGAGGCGAUCAGGCACUCCUGCUGCUCUGACCCGAGAGGUCUGGGAGGCCCAGUCCUGUUGCAAUCCUGCAAAGUGUGGAGCUGUCAGCCCCCAAGCUCGGAGGAAGAGAGCAUGAAACAGCUCCGCCUCCGGGGUGUGUGAGCUGCCCGGCUGGAGGUGCGCGAGGGUGGCUUCUCGGAAGCCCGCGGCUGCGGACGGGAACAUCUACUCUCCUGCCAGGGAUUGAGGAGACGGAAGAAGACUGAAGAGAGGCUGAUGGGCUCAGUUGGCAGGCUGCACUGUCUCACCAUGACCACUGAAAAUCCAACGCCUGGAGACCUGGCAUUGGCCCCCCUCGUCACUUGCAAACUCUGCCUGUGCGAACAGUCUCUGGACAAGAUGACCACGUUGCAGGAGUGCCAGUGCAUCUUUUGCACAGCUUGCUUGAAACAGUAUAUGCAGCUGGCAAUCCGAGAAGGCUGUGGGUCUCCCAUCACUUGUCCUGACAUGGUGUGCCUCAACCAUGGGACCCUGCAGGAAGCUGAGAUUGCCUGUUUGGUGCCUGUGGAUCAGUUUCAGCUUUAUCAGCGGUUAAAAUUUGAACGAGAAGUCCAUCUGGACCCCUACCGAACAUGGUGUCCCGUUGCUGACUGUCAGACUGUUUGCUCAGUUUCAUCUGGGGACCCAGGACAGCCUGUGCUGGUGGAGUGUCCUUCUUGCCACCUGAAGUUCUGCUCAUGUUGCAAGGAUGCUUGGCAUGCAGAAGUCUCCUGUAGAGAUAACCAGCCUGUCGUCCUGCCAACAGAGCAUGGCACCCUCUUUGGGACAGAUGCAGAGGCCCCCAUUAAGCAGUGUCCUGUUUGCCGGGUUUAUAUCGAGCGCAACGAAGGCUGUGCCCAGAUGAUGUGCAAGAACUGCAAGCACACAUUUUGCUGGUACUGUCUCCAGAACCUGGAUAAUGAUAUUUUCCUCAGACAUUAUGACAAAGGGCCGUGUAGGAAUAAGCUUGGUCACUCAAGAGCCUCUGUGAUGUGGAACCGAACACAGGUGGUGGGGAUCCUCGUUGGGCUGGGCAUCAUUGCCUUGGUGACUUCGCCCUUGCUGCUCCUGGCUUCCCCAUGUAUAAUCUGCUGUGUCUGCAAGUCCUGUCGGGGCAAGAAGAAAAAGCACGACCCACCCACAACCUAAAGAUCUCUGUUCCUGUCCACGUGCCACGGAUGUCUGGGUUAUACGAGACAGCACAGCGAUAAAGCCCCGCUUAGUGAAUUUGCCUCCUUCUAGCCAAACUUUGGAAGUGCCUCUGUGUUCAGACUUUGAACUUGCCUGGUGCGUGUGUAAAGAGAAUCGGGUCUCUCAGCCCAGGUUGCGCUUAUGGAUUAUGUUGGGAAGCUUCGGAGUUGUGGGGGAGGAACUGACACAUCAUCAUUUUAUCAUAUGCAAAGGAUUCCACUGGACUGUUCAACUUCCAGCCAAAUCUAAGGGGCCUGUGCCAACAUUCGAUCUAAUAAAUGUGUUGUCACGGUUGGCAACACACGUGAUAACUGCGAAGCCAGUGUUCUGUGUUGGUUGGGCACCAUGAGAAACAUGGGGGAGAUCACCACAUGGGAGGGGAAGGAUAAGACUGUUUAAGGGAAAAUCUCAUCAAAGCUGUAAAGCAGGCAGCUUAUCUGGGGAGCUGAGACAGUGGCCGGCUACUGGAUGUGCUGUUCCCAGCAUUCCCACAGUGACUUGGCAGAAACACAAUCGCUUUCUCCUCGUGUGAUCUCAGCUCCAAGCAGGAGAAACUGCUGUGCACAGGGAAUUGUCUCUUCCUAGUAAAAGGGUCACAGCAUGUAAAACAAUAUUGUCUCUCCCUUGGCAAGUAUAGCAUCUUGAAGGCGAUCAACUCUUCGCUUACACUCACUCGCUGUAGUCUGGAAGAUUAUUUUAUGUGAAGUCUGGGCAGAGUGGCAGAGUUUUAAAACCUUCAUCUUAGAGAACAGCUCUGUGUUCAUUCAGCCAGCAGAUUUAGAGUUGAGCCUAACAGUACACACCAAGAGUGAAUAUUAAAAUUUACCAUGUGCCCAUGUAGAAUCCAUAUAACUUGCUGCCUAGCGAGAAUUUCUAUCCACUAGGCAUGCAUGAAUAGACCCAUGAGUACACACACGAUAAAUGUUUCUCUAAAAGCCAUUUUGUUUUUUCUUUCUGACUAAUAAAUCAAUCUAAAGAUUUGUUUUGCAUUUAAUGUAUGUAAAUUUUGGUUACAAGAUCAUAACUCAAGCAAAGGUAUAGCCUCGUAAACAUAACUCCUAAAACAAUAUUGAGUACAGUAUCCUACCAUCUCAGUUUGUGGAAACUCAACUUGAUAAUCACAUUUUUUAUAUGUUUUCAUACACAAUUCAGAGCAGCUCUCUUCUCAGCAAAGUUUAGUAUUGUCCUUUCAGAAUCUGCUAGGGCAAUCUGAAUACUUUCUGAAUGUUUAAGGCACUGAUAAAAACGACCAUAAAUAUGUGAGAUAAAAAGUCAAUGCUUUAUACUAUCUCAAAUAGUUUGGAUUUCUGUCACCUCAUUGUGGCUUAUUUUUCCCAUUAAAUCAUGCGUCAGAUUUUGAAUAAACGGGUUUUGAAAAGACAAUAGCUUUUUUCUCCAAUGACAGGAUUAUGUAAUUGCCAUUAGCAAUGUAGCCUGGUACUUCCUGCGAACUAUUUCAAGUGAUAAUGGAGAAUGCUCCUUGAAGCCAGGGAUAACUCAUCAGGAACUAUCAGAACACAUGGUGUUUUCUGAGGUAACUAGACUAUUAAAUUGCUGCUAUCCUGGACCUAUGAUUAAAGAGUGAUGCUUUGCUAUGUAAUGGAAGGUAUCCUGGUUGUGUAUAUGUAAGGAACUUUCAUUCAUAUGUACAUAUUGACAUCUGAUACAUGUAUUACUAUACAUUGGUCAUGGACCUUUUUUCAUUUACAGUUUGUAUAGAACAUAGAUGGGAACUCUGGGAAAACUUUUGAAUCAUAACCAACCAAAAAACAUUUUUAAUGGCUUAUUAGAAAUUUCUCAGUAUUAAGUGUCUUAAUUUUCCUUUGAAACUCUCGACACUUCAGGAAAAAAAUCAACACCCUUUUUUAUCAAUGAGUUUCAGAUUGGUAUAGUUACACAUAUACAUAUAUUUGAAUAGUUUGCUUUGUCUUAUACUGCCUCAUUAUAGUAAAAGGCAUUUAUAAUUGCUCAGGGGAUCACAGAAUUCAACUGAAAUUGAAUUUUUGUAUCAAGAAUGUCAGUAGUGGCAAUGUAUUCCUUUAUUAGUAAAAUUUUCCAAGUUUGGGUCCAUAAUUUUUAAACAAUUGGGACUGGUUUCGAGGAAGCUACAAUAUUGUGUUAUCAGUGGAGUAGCUCCUGAAUUUGGAAGGAAGGUAGAAGAAAACCAAAAUUGCUUGGCAAAAUUGAAGGAACUUACCUUCCCAGAAAGUAUAAAAGAAUUAGCUACUUUCUUGUGGGGGGUAGACAGAGGGUUUAUUUGUCUAACAGAUCUAAAAUGACUGGAUUUAAAGUUUUUAAAGGUCAAAAAGUGCUUGAAAAUGGUGACUUCCUCCUCAAAUAGCUAAAUGAGUUGGCCUGCGUGAAACUGUUAGUCAGGGCCUGCAGGGACUAGUUGGUAGUUUCAGCCCAAAUAUGUCUCUUUGUGCAUCAGAAAGUGAGACGCAAAGGCUCUGGAGGCCUCGCUUAAAGGAGAAGCUGGCAGUUCUGCUAACAGUGAAGUUCUGGGCUUGGAUAUUUGUCCAGUCAAAUUGUCACCUUCCUUUGUGAGUUUUAUACUUUCCUAGUGAUACUCUGUCCUAGGAAGAAAUAUGGGAUUAUAUAAUAAUAUCUGGAUGUUGUGGCAAACUCUCUGUGUUUGCAAUGGCGUUGUCCAUUGAAAGAAAUAAAAAAUCCUUCACCAAGUUGUAAUCUGGAUAUUAACCCCCACCAUCAAGAAACCCAGUGGUUGAAAUGGCAUAUCUGGUUGGUGCCCCUUCGAGCAAUUUUUCUCAUCUACUUGGUGGGGAGGCGAGAACGCAAGCCCUAUGGGAGCAUAUUUUAGAAUCUUAGGCAUCCUAUUUGUUCAUGCCAUGGAUGUUUGCUCUGGACUUGAAAUGUAUUUUGAAAGAGGCCUUUGAAAAAUGAGCAAUUCACUGUGUGAAUUUUCUUGUAGCCUGCAUCACGAACACCUUAUUUAUCAAAGUUUGAAACUCUACGUUUAUUUGAAUGUAAAUCACUGUCACUUGGAAACCCACAUUGUCUCUUAAAUAUUCUCCAGAAUCUAAAUAUGUAUUACUCUAACCUUCCCUAAACAGUGCUUCUAAAAGACUUUCUGUUCAUCAGUGGAUUCCUUUAUUUAUAUGGAAUAAUGUAUAGAUGUGUGGCUUUGAGGACAAUUUCAGAAUUGCCUUAGAUGAAUGACAUUUUAUAAAGCUGUCACAAUUGAUGUCUAUAGGCUAUUACAUCUCAUCUUGAUUUAUGAUCCAGGAAAGUUUUGUUAUGUCUUUAAGAAAUUGCUGUUGUAUUCUAUUUUUCCAGUUAUUUGGGAGGAAAAUAGCUGCUUUAGUCUCUCUAGCCCCAAUAAAUGUGGAGGAAAUCAAGUAUUUUAACCUUUGUUAUG